AGACGCCAUUAAACUUCAGAGGAAGAAGUUUAGUUUCACCGCGUUCUUUGUUGUAGUUAUGUUGGGAUGCUGCAUUCAAACAGACAUGUUUCUUUUAAGAGAAAAAUACCGUUUUUGAAUCAGGUCAGUAAAUACCUGUAAUAUUCUCAUCCUCACAGUCGUGACUAAGUUUUGAAACAAGCAGGAAUAUCAUCUGAACUGAGAUCUGCUGCUAUGAAAAUGGAGUUUGUUAAAGAAGAGCGUGAAGAAAACAUGAGUGAACCAGAAACCUGGAGAAUAAAACAAGAGGAACCAGAAACCUGGAGAAUAAAACACGAGGAACCAGAAACCUGGAGAAUAAAAAACGUGGAACCAGAAACCUGGAGAAUAAAACACGAGGAACCAGAAACUAUAAGAAUAAAACAGGAGGAACCAGAAACCUGGAGAAUAAAAAACGUGGAACCAGAAACCUGGAGAAUCAAACAAGAGGAACCAGUAACUAUAAGAAUAAAACACGAGGAACCAGAAACCUGGAGAAUAAAACACGAGGAACCAGAAACCUGGAGAAUAAAACAAGAGGAACCAGAAACCUGGAGAAAAAAACACGAGGAACCAGAAACUAUAAGAAUAAAACACGAGGAACCAGAAACCUGGAGAAUAAAACACGAGGAACCAGAAACCUGGAGAAUAAAACACGAGGAACCAGAAACCUGGAGAAUAAAACACGAGGAACCAGAAAUCUGGAUAAUAAAACACGAGGAACCAGAAACCUGGAGAAUAAAACAGGAGAAACAAGGAGAGUUCAUUGAAGAAAUAGAGGAGAAUGAAGAAUCAAGUGAAGUUGAGGAGAAAAAUCAUGUCAAAACUGGAGGAAAACCUUUGAGUUGCUCUCAAACCAAACAGAAAGAUUUUAAGGAAAAAAGAGUCAAGAAAGCUUUCACCUGCACUCAGUGUGGAAAUGGAUUCACACACAAAACAGGUUUUGAGCGUCACAUGAGAAUUCAUACUGGAGAGAAACCAUUCUCUUGCGAUCAGUGCGGGAAGAGUUUCACACAAUCAUCAUACCUUAAGAGACACAUGAACAUCCACACUGAAGAGAAGCAGCACGCAUGUGAUCAAUGCGGUAAAAUGUUUUUAUGGGCUUCACACCUGAAGAAACACUUGAAAGUUCAUUCAAAGGAGAAGCCACAUUCAUGUCAUUUGUGUGGUAAGAGUUUUUUGCAUCUACAAAGUUUGAAAGAACAUCAGAAAAUACAUACUGGUAUGAGAGAGUACAUGUGCUUUGAGUGUGAAAAGACUUUUAGUUCAGUGAGCAGUUUAAAACAGCACCAGAGGAUCCACACUGAACUGAAACCUUGUAAGUGUUCACACUGUGACCAGAGAUUUAAUCAGUUAUCAAAUUUGAAAACACACGAGAGGAUCCACACUGGAGAGAAACCUUACAAGUGUUCACACUGUGAUGAGAGAUUCAGUCAUUCAUCAAAUCUGAAAACACAUGAGAUGAUCCACAAUGGAGAGAAACCUUACAAGUGUUCACACUGUGACAAGAGAUUUGGUCAGUCAGCAAAUCUAAAAACACAUGAGAGGAUUCACACAGGAGAGAAACCUUACAAGUGUUCACACUGUGACAAGAGAUUCAGUGAUUCAUCAAGUCAGAAAACACAUGAGAGAAUCCACACUGGAGAGAAACCUUACAAGUGUUCACACUGUGACAAGAGAUUCAGUGAUUCAUCAAGUCAGAAAACACAUGAGAGAAUCCACACUGGAGAUAAACCUUAUAAGUGUUCACACUGUGACAAGAGAUUCAGUGGUUCAUCAACUCUGAAAACACACGAGAGGAUUCACACUGGAGAGAAACCUUACAAGUGUUCACACUGUGACAAGAAAUUCAGUCAGUCAAUACAUCUGAAAGCACACGAGAGGAUUCACACUGGAGAGAAACCAUAUCACUAAAAACAAAAUCUGAAAAUGACACCUUUGCGUUUUCGUGUGUACAGCCAAUCUGUAUAUUUUG